AUGCAUUGGGGAAACGCCUGGUACUCACCGCCUGCCAGCGACAGCGGCCGGGAGCCGCCGGCAAGCUCCCACAUCAGCUUUGAAAGUGCCAGUGAGGAAGAACCCCAACACGGAAGCUACAUCCGUGCCAGCCGCAACCAAGCACCCGCCCCGCUGACAAAGCCAUCUCAGCCAGAACCAGCUCAGCCAGCUCAGCCAGCUCAGCCAGCUCAGCCGGCUCAGCCAGCUCAGCCAGCUCAGCCUCAGCCAGCGUCAUCAGCCCGUCUACUUCAGCCAGAACCAGUCACCAAGGCUGAUGCAAGCAAGGCAGACCGCAAAGUCCGGCUGCCAGGGAGCAUAUCUCCGGGCAGUUGGGGACUCACAGCUGACACGCUGAGAAGCACAGUUUGCAGCGAUGAUGGCUUUCGAAGCAGACACUUGAGCUCCACCCACGGUACAGCGGCGGCACACGAAUCGCAGACAGAGGCUUUGAGUCGAGCGGCUCACAGUUUCAAUGCGGCCCUACAGCAGGGGCAAUGCCAUUCCCUCUGGAAAGCAGCAGCUGAUGUAGCUCGGGAGCCGGUGGAGGGAACAUUUGCCUCAAGAGCAUCGCGCCUAGUUCAGGAGCAAGCGGGAUUUGUGACCAAAGUGGAGCAGGAGCUGCUUCACUUUGGGAAGUCCCUAGAUCAGCAGGGCUGUCUUCGAGAGGCCUUGCAGCUUCAAGUGGAGGAGGAAGGGAGGGCCUGGCGGAGGGAGGCCCAGAACCUGGCGCAAAACUUGGAGCAGCUCAGGGCGCAGCUGGCGCAGACCAUGGAGGCAGCCUUGUGGUCCGGGAAGGAGAUCACGGCGGUGCGCAAGGACUUGGCCCUUUUGCGCGACGGGAGGCCGCGGGCACAGGACGACCUGGCUCCCUUCGCCGAGCGGCUGGCGGUGCUGGAAGAGAAGGUCCAAGCGUGUAACCAGCACGUGGUGGAAAGCAGCGACUUCUUCGCCAAGGCCGUGGCGGAGGUUUCUGGCAGUGUGGCCCAGCUCACAGAGGACGUGGGCACCUUGGAGACCACGGUGCUCGCGCAGCUGACCUCAGUGGCCGAUCCCCCUGUGGCGAAAAGCGAGAAUGUGGAGAUCGAUGAGAUCAAAAGCUCCGACAAGAAGCCAAUUGAGGCGCCAGAAGAGGAGCGUGAGCCCAGCACGAUCAUCUUGUUUUGGCUGUGCUGUGUGAGUGCACUGGAAGGGCUGGACACGCAGCUGGUGCCAGCCUGCCAGUUUGCCCUGCAGCGGGACCUCGGGCUGCAACUGGGGCAUUUUGCAGUGCUCACCACCGUGCAGAUGGUCCUGACGAACCUGGCUGCCCCGUUUUGGGGUAUCCUGGCGGAUCGCGGCACGCUCCAGAAGAAGACCAUCUUGACACUCGGAUCUCUCGGCGAAGCGCUGGCGGUCGCCAUCUUCGCCUUCGUGCCCAACUUCUACGUCAUGAUCGUCCUGCGAGGCAUGAGCGGCUUCUUCCUCGCCUCGUUGCGGCCUGUGUGCAACGGUCUCAUUGCGGAUCUCACGAGCGACAACAGGCGUGGAAAGAUCUUUGGGAGGGUGCAAAGCGCAUUGCUUUGCGGUAUGUUCUGCUCUCUGCUCAUCGCUGGAAACGUGGCGAACACUCACGUUGACACCAUCCCAGGCUGGCGCUUCCUCUUUGCAGGCGCUGGUGCGGUGGCCUUCAUCGUGGCUGCCGGCCUGAAAGUUUUCUUGGUGGAGCCGGCGCAUCAGCUGGACACUUCUGCGGACAAGAAGGGCUGCGCUGCGGUGGGUGCGGAGCUGUGCACGGUCCUGAGCUUCCUGAAGAUCCCCACCUUCUGCGUGAUGAUCAUGCAAGGGGUCUUCGGCACCAUCCCCUGGAGCGUCAUGGGCAACAACCUGCUGUACUUCAAGUUCUGCGGCUUGCAGGACUGGGAGGCCUCCAUCCUGGCGGCUGAGGGAACCAUCGCCGGGAUCUUCGGCAACACCAUGGGGGGCAUGAUCGCGGACUGCCUGGCCCGGCCUCUCAGCGCCCAGAUCACCGUGGCCAUCGGCAUCCCCAUGGUCUUCUUCCAGUUCUACGGCAUCCCUCCUGGAGAGGGUUCCUUCGCUGCCUACUUCGCGCUCAUCGCCGGCUUUGGGCUGUUGGGCUCUUGGGCGCAGUCAGGCACCAACUUCCCCAUUCUGUCAGACAUCGUGCCAGCGAGUGACCGCAGCAAGGUCAUGGCGUGGGAGUGUGCCAUGGAGAACAGUUUGGCCAACGCCAUUGGGCCGUUUUUGGUGUCCACCUUGGCCGUGGCCUUCGGCUACAAGUUCGGCUCGGAGGAGAUGAACGGGCAGUCGCUGUCCUCCGCCCGGGCGCUUGGUACGGCCAUGGCGGCCACAAUCUGUAUUCCUUGGGUGAUUACUCUGGUGGCCUACACCCUCCUCCACUGGAGCUACCCCCGAGACAUGCGACGGCUGCGUGCAAAGCAGGCGGCCGCGGCUGCUGCGCAAGAGCAGGCUGUGUGA